AUGGCGCCCGCGACUCUCGUGAUCGAUAACAGCGACGACUUCGUCAUGCCUGUCACAAAGUCUGUUCAGUCUACAUCGCCACCCAAGCGAACCCUUCUUCUGGCACCUCCCUCUCUUGCUGCCAACGCGGAUGCCCUUUCAACUGUCCUAGCCGACUAUGAUCGCUCUAUCACCGAUCUCCAGAUGCUGGACCGUCUAUCUGUGGGAUUGGUCAAUUUGCCUGCUUCAACCUACGACAUCGUCCUCGUCCUCUCCGAUGCGUCUUCCAAGUUGGACGAGUCCCUUGGCUUGAUGAACCGAACAGUUCUGGGCCCCGUUGCCGAUUCUCUGAAGCCCAGCGGUCGUUUGCAAUCUCAGAAUGGCAAUGCUUUGGAGGAACCAAGUUUGGCAAAGGAAGCAGUCUUGGCUGGCCUCGUCUCGUCGCAGGGCGGUUUCGAGAAGCCCGAUUAUGGCGAUAACGAUGGAGCUGUCACACUGAAGUUUGGCAAGAAGAAGACACAACCUGCUCCUUUGGCAGAUGGUUCUGUUCCGCUCAACCUUAAGAGGAAGCCUGCAGAGGCUGCUCCCAAGCCUGUUGUCCCUGCUGGUGUCGGCUUCAUUGAUCUCGAAGACGACCUUGACGAUGACGAGCUCAUUGACGAGGACACUCUCAUGACUGAGGAGGACCUUGCCCGUCCUAUUGAAAUUCCUGCCGAAUGUCAACCCAAGGCUGGCAAGCGUCGCCGUGCUUGCAAGGACUGCACUUGCGGUCUUGCCGAACGUCUCGCCGCCGAGGACGCCGACAAGCGUGCUACAGCCGACAAGCAACUCGAGAGUAUCAAGCUGGCAACCGACGAUCUGGCUGAGAUCGACUUUACAGUUCAAGGCAAGGUUGGCUCAUGCGGCAACUGCUCACUUGGCGACGCUUUCCGAUGCGAUGGAUGUCCUUAUAUCGGACUUCCACCUUUCAAGCCUGGUGAAGAGGUUCGGUUGCUCAACAACGAUGUGCAACUGUAA